GACGUUUUGUAUCAAAUGUUACUACAACAUUGGGAUCUGUUUAUAAUGGCGAGGUAAAACAUCACAAUUACAGGUGUUCCAGGGAAACUCUAAAAUAUGGAUGAGUCCGACGCAGAAAGGCAGUUUCUGAUCGGGAGAAACACGGACCCGUUAUCGUCCCAAAACAGCGGCCUUAGAAACAGAAGUUACGUCAGACAACCGGAACCGGAAGUCGAUUACCAUGGCCAUUCGCAUGUGCCAGAAGCUUUGUCUCCCGAUGAACUCUUGUACCGUAUGAAUUACGCCUUCAUCAACCAUGGAUUUGAUGCAGAAAAAGAAAUAGAGGGUGCGCAGUCGAAACUUUCGGUUUCAGAUCAAGAAGCAUUCGAAGAAAAGAUUUUGGAUAAGAUUCAAGAAAACUCCCUUCCUCUCCGUGAAAAACUUAAAAUUAUCCGGGUUUUACAGCGUGGAAGUCAUAGACGCCGUGAGAGCAGGGGACAGUACAUUAGCACUGGAAAGACAAGAAACAACUUGAGUUCGGUGUUUCAGCUGUGGGAAACCCCAAUCAAAGACAUAGCUGCCUACUUUGGAAGUAACGUUGCGUCUUACUUCACGUUUCUGCGCGUCUUGUUCUACAUCAACGUCUCAACGGCGUUUGUCAUGUUUGCCUUUACAACACUACCACAUUUGGUGGAUAAAGAAACCGAAAGUAACCUAACAAUACCAGGGACAUUUGGCGAGUUGUCUGGCAGUCUGAUGUUUUAUGGCGCUUACAGCAACAAAACAAUCAACAACUACGAGCACCCAUUGGCUUAUCUGCUCACGUGGUUUGCUGUGAGCGUGACAACACUGAUUGCCAUUGGUAUCAGUAUGAACGUCCGCUACCGACGUAGUAAACUGGCUGUUACGGACGACAAUUACGACUUUUCUCAUCGGACGUUCUGUUCCUGGGACCACGGAUUAACUACUAGGUCUGGAACAUGUGACCACAUCCGGGCAUUCACCAUGGAGCUCAAGGAAAAGAUACGAGAAGAGAAAAGUCAUGAGAGGAAAGCCUGGACUAUAUUACUGGCUAGAGUGAUGGGCAGAUUAGCGUCCAAUAUCUUGGUCCUCGGAAUGCUUGGAGGAAGUGGCUAUUUGAUCUACUAUAUUGCACAUGAUUUCGAACUUCCGGAGGAUUCCCCAGAUUUUUUAGAGGAUAUCUUCACCAGAUACCAAUUAACUGCAGUGGUGGCCGCUCUCAAACUGAUAGUUCCUGCCAUAUUCCAGGUUAUCGGUAAAUUGGAGGCGUGGCAUCCUCGGAUUGAACAGAAAGUAACACUAACAAGGACGAUGCUGUUCUACUUUGCCAGUCUGGUAAUUUUCAUCUACUCCUUAUACAACGUCACCAAGGACUGCCUUGACAAUUCCAUGGCCUUACCAAGUGAUAUUGGCGAAAAUACCACCGUGACCAAUAGAACAUUCUGUUGCUGGGAGAACGAGGUCGGGGAGGAAGUGUUCAAGCUAAUUCUGGUUGACCUUGGAGUUUGUGUGGCCGUUGCUUUGUUUUUCUACGUCCUCAAAGCCAUACUGGUCAAAUCAGGCCAUUGCUUCGACUGGGUAAAGCUGAGUAAGUUUGCUGUGUCCUCAAACGUACUUGAACUUAUAUACGGUCAAGGUCUUGUCUGGCUCGGUCUCUACUUCUCCCCUGUCAUCGCUAUCGUCGGGUCAAUUAAACUCAUCAUCGUGUUUUACCUCCGUUACUUCGUCGCACGUGUUGCAAUAAAGCCCCCUACACGUGUGUUCCGGGCGUCAAGGUCAGGCAACUUCUAUCUGUUCUUGCUUCUCCUGACGUGGUUUCUUUGCAUACUGCCACAAGCCUACGUCAUCAUAGAACUUACGCCAUCUUGGGAUUGCGGUCCAUUCCGGAGAGAGGAAUAUGUAUAUCAGUCGAUCACAAAUGGUAUUGGCGACUUGCCAGAUUGGCUGGACGAUACACUGUCCUACAUAGGCACGACUGCUGUUGCUGUUCCAGUUAUCAUCCUCUUGAUACUGAUUGGACUGUAUUAUAAAACACGCGCAUCUUCAUACAGUGACCUCGCCAGGCAGUUAAGAAACCAGCUGAUAUUUGAAAGGAAGGUAGAGAAAAGGAAAGUGUUUGCGAUUGCAAUGUCAGCGCCAGCUGGCAGCUUGGGUAGGACAACAGGCAUGACUGCGGCAGACCGAAUGAAUGGGAUAGACGAAGAACCACCCGUCUCAAAUAUAGAGUGAUUCAGUACAACCUAACGUAACGUUACUCGAGGGGAGAUUACUCAAAAAGGGGAAUUAACCCCCGGAUGUAGUAAUUGCAGUAGUUAUUUUUCCAAAAUUAAUGUUAUAUUUGGAGGUUCUUCGAACCAAAUAGUUUUCUGUAACGAUAUUCAAU